CCUCGAAUGCUAGUCCAUUAGCAAUAUGGUCUGACUGCAACCGUGCGGAUGGGUAGUUAAUUUUUUGCAGUUUUGCUAGGCUGUUUUCCAAUUAUCACCCUGAAAAUUAUCGUAAAAGCUGUUCGAGAGGAUUCAACGUAUUAAACAUGGAGACUGCUAUGAUGAACCUCCUCGGGGUGUUCGAAAAUCUUCGAGCCCAUGUUGACAUCCUCAAUGAAAGCAUUGAGCCCCAGUUCAUUCAGAUGGCACUGAACUUUGAGGACUGUCGUCGUAAAUGGUUGAGAGUAGAGCACGAGCUGGCUUCAUGUAAGGAGGUGCUUGCCAAAGCAGAGACAGAGAGAGGGGCUCUGGAGGUCAAGCUCAAACAUGCUCGCAACCAAGUGGACGUGGAAAUCCGCAGGCGACAAAAAGCUGAAGCUGACUGUGAAAAACUGGAUCGUCAGAUCCAGCUGAUCAGAGAUCUGCUGGUCACAGAGGGUUCUAGCAGCAGCAUUCAGCUGAAUGAUGAGCAGCGUUCAGCCCUGGCCUUCCUCAAUGCACGCUCUCAGGCACCUGCCAAUCUCAACAGCAGCCGAAGGUUGACAACCAUUGAUGAAUCAGCCUCAAUCUUGUCGGACAUCAGUUAUGAUAAAACCGAUGAUUCAUUGGACUGGGACUCUUCUGUUGUCAGAACUGUUCGAUUGAAAAAACGUCAAAAGAGACGCACCUCCAGAAACCAUACUGAUGGGCCACCAGCUGCUGCCAAGAGAUCCCGGUCCACUGGCCGCACCUCAGAGAAGGGCAAUGAGUCUCUGGUGGCCAAGACCACCGUAACUGUGCCUAAAAACGGAGGUGUCAUAGAAGCGGUCACCACUGUUGAGGCUGUGCCUUACUGGACCAGGAGUAGGAGAAAGACUGCUGCUACGGAGUGGGACACUGCAGACACUGACUCUCUCCAGUCCGUGGACGUGUUCAAGCGACCCAGUCAGGUCGAGAGGGAGAGCAAGGCAGAGCCAAGUACACCCCAAAGCAAUGGAAGUGUCCGCCUGCAUGAGUUUGUUUCCAAAACGGUGAUAAAACCAGAGUCCUGUGUUCCCUGUGGAAAGAGGAUAAAGUUUGGGAAAAUCUCUCUGAAGUGCAGGGACUGUCGUGUAGUAGCCCACCCUGAGUGUCGUGAGCGCUGUCCACUGCCCUGCAUCCCCAACAUGGCUGGGACUCCAGUCAAGAUUGGAGAGGGCACUCUGGCAGACUAUGUCUCUGUUACAUCGCCCAUGAUCCCACCAUUGGUGGUGCACUGUGUGAAUGAGAUUGAGCAGAGAGGCCUACAUGAGACUGGGCUAUACCGCCUUUCUGGUGCUGAUCGAGUGGUGAAGGAGCUGAAGGAGAAGUUCCUGCGUGGAAAGACUGUCCCUUUGCUCAGUAAGGUGGAGGAUAUUCAUGCCAUAACUGGCCUCCUCAAGGACUUCCUGAGAAACCUCAAAGAGCCACUGCUAACUUUCAGGCUAAACCGCAGCUUUAUGGAAGCAGCAGAGGUGGCUGAUGAAGACAACUCCAUUGCACUGAUGUACCAGACUAUCAGUGACCUGCCCCAGCCCAACAGAGACACACUGGCAUUCUUGAUCAUCCACCUGCAGAGAGUUGCCCAAAGCUCAGACACCAAGAUGGAUGCAACUAACUUGGCUCGUGUGUUUGGCCCCACUAUUGUGGGCCAUGCCGUUCCUGAUCCAGACCCAAUGACUAUCCUGCAGGACACCAAACGCCAGCCUAAAGUUGUGGAGCGCUUGCUGGGCCUGCCUGUUGAGUACUGGAGCCGGUUCAUGAUGGUGGAGCCGGAUCAAGCUCACAAUGAUCACAUUAUCAUUGAGAAUACCAAUGUCUAUGCCACUCCUGAUCACAAAGUAAGCAUCUUUGGCCCCCUCACCACCCCAGAGCAGCAAAUGAGCAAAACUCCAUCCUCCAGCUCUCUUUCCCAGCGUAUGAGAAACGCUACACUCAACGCAAUCACUCCCAAGUUUGGCAGCAAGAGCAAGUCUACUGUGGGCUUCAGUCGCCAAGGCAACUUCUUUGCCUCCCCUCUCCUGAAAUAACCAGAAACAGCCUGAGGAUGCCUAUAGCCUCCCCUGGCUUAUUUUUGGGAAAUAGCUGAUAUAUAUAUAUGUGUAUGUAUGUGCAAUACUCUGCACAGUUCAUUUAUGGCUACAAGUAUGUUUUUACAAAAGCUUUAAUCCUCAUUUUCUUUUUCUACUCACGUUUUAUAUUUUAGCUGUUUUUAGGUGUUUGUACUAAUGACACACUUGGAAAUCAAAGGGAUGGUCAAAGAUACACUUAGCUUUAGCUUUUAUUAACAUUUACUCUAAAGCUCAGAGCCUUAUCAGUUUGGAUGGGAGUUCUUUAUAAAGAAGCCCAACACUGGUAGUAACCUCUGGUGCUAAAAACUUUUAUGCUCAUAUUUCUAAAUAACAUAAGGUUUGCCAGAGUGUUAGUGUUUUUUAUUUUUCUCUGGAAAAAAAAAAACAGCAGGCUAAAUCUCUCUUGCUCAAAAGAUAGACUUUAUAAAUGUUUCAGAAUGCCACCAGGUCUUUAUCUUGUACAUCAGCUGGUGAGGGGAAAUCAAUUCCAUUAGCUGUCUUUAUUCCCAAAGAGUACUUGUAAAGAGCAUUCUGGAAUUUUGAAGCAUUGUUGGAGCUUCUUAACUGACUAUCUAGACAGAGGUUUACAUUCUUACGUUAAUGUGAUUGAGGUUGACUAAGAAAAAAAAAAAGAGAUGUUCCCAAAAGCUUGUAUGCUAUGGAUCUAGCCUCUUAUCUGAAACACAGAAGCAAUUUCAUACGCGAAAACAAGAACAACAGACGCUAUAGUAAACAUUUACAUUUUGCAAAUGCCUGUGCUUUACUACAUCUUGUAUGUUUUGUUUUUAAUCAAAUGUUAUUCCAUACUUGUGGACAUACUGUAUUCAUAGAUCCAAAUAAUCAACUGUUUGAUUUACACAUUAAUACAUGUUUUGCUCACUUCGGUAUUGAUUAUUUAUUUGUAUUGUUGCUCUCUUUGGAUUUGGAGCUAUCUGCUUUGUACGUAGAGGUAAUGCAUCAAGUCCUCUUCUGUGGACUUUGAUAGAGACCGUCAUGUACAAUCUGAGAUUGUAGUAUUGACCAUGGUUGAAUUAUACUGUGCAGUGGGUUAGAGCUUUGCAGUGGAACAACAGUGUGACUACUAGCUGACACUACAGCUCAACAUCUUUUAUCAAGUGUUAAAAUGGCAACUUUAGCAAGAGGGUAAUCUUACAGAAUGUAAAAGUUUGCUAUCCUGCUUGUAAAAUACAUUCAUUUAUGGUACGUUA